CGAAAUGCAUCGUCAUUAAGAGUUACUUUAGAUAAUGCAUCACUUACAAGAUUAAAUCGCUACUUUGGCGAACUCUGCCACGAUGAUAGUUAUGUCGAACCGACGCUCUCAAUUAUUGGUGAUGAAGUAGAUAUUCCUAGCUUUACGGAACAGCAGGUAUGGAAUGCCUUGAAAAGAAUAAAGAAGACAGCAACAGGUCCCGAUUAUAUUCCCUAUUGGGUUUGGAAUGAUCAUGCGGAAAUUCUAACCGAAGUUAUAACUAACGUCUGGAAUUUGUCCCUUUCAUCACAUACUUGGCCAGAUUCAUGGAAAAGAGCGAAUAUUAACCCUCUUGCAAAGGUUGAUUUACCAAAGGAAGAUGGUGACUUUCGUGGAAUAAAUAUUACACCUGUAAUUGCGAGGACCUUCGAAAAGCUCGUUUAUAAUAGUCAGGUCAAGUCGACAGUUGAGGAAAUUUUAUCCCCAACGCAAUUUGCGUACAGGCAGGGGAGGAGUUGUACAAACGCUCUGUUAACUAUUCAGAACAAAGUACUCAGCUUCUUAGAUAGAGCGAAUUGCAAAGCAGUUAGACUGUUUUCUAUGGAUUUUAGCAAGGCUUUCGACUCAGUGAAACAUUCACUCCUCUCGGAAAAGUUAAAAACUGUGCCACUCAACCUUUACAUCAUAAAUUGGUAUUUAAAUUUUCUAAAGAAUAGAAAGCAAAGAGUCAUUUGUAACGAUUUUUGUGGAGAAUGGAUGGAUGUUAAUAAGGGUACAACACAGGGGAGCGUAAGUGGCCCCUACCUUUUUAAUAUUUUCCUAAAUGAUUUAGAGGUGGACAUAGACGGCGAGAACGCUCUUUUUAAAUAUACGGACGAUUCAAAUAUAAUAGUGCCAGUUUGGAGUGAGGGUCCUGAUACAUCAACAGAUACAGUUGGACAAUUCCUGAGCUGGUCUGAUGAUAAUUUUAUGACUUGUAACCCUGGUAAAUGUAAAGAGCUUACCAUCCGGAAGAAGGGAUAUAAUGAUCAACUUGACAAUGUUUAUAAUAUACCCCAAUGCAAAGAACUUCCCAUUUUAGGUACUACUUUUCAAGACAAUCUCAAGUUCACCAGCCAUGUGCGAGGUAAAUUGGUCAAAGCAAACAAAUGCUUGUACGUUAUACGAACACUCAGGGCAGAAGGCUAUAGCCAAUGUGAGAUAG